AUGAGGAUCUCUCUCUUAACAGCGGCGAGUGCCUUGCUUCCGCUGCAGAUCUCUGCGCGAUGGGUCGGCAUCCCUACCGUGCCCUUUGAAGUGGCUAAGUCAAGGGGAUCAUUCUCACUCAAGCAAUUGAAAUCUAUCGUCGUCGACUCCAAGUACCAGAAUACCAUCAAUGACCAGGGCGAGACUCUUAUUCCCCCCACUCUCAAAGACUUUGCGUCCACUUUCAGCGAUGACUUGCUUUCAUCCUUGGCUCUGAAAGUCUCCGUCAGCACGGGCAAAUCUGCGCUCAAGAACUCCCUCUUCUUGACGGUCGGAAAUGCCAGUCAAUUUUUGGAUGUGGCUGGUAGACCGACUUCUGAAGGGUAUUCGAUCGAGGUGACCUCGCAAGGAAUUGUCAUCACUGGAGCCAGUCCGCUAGGUGUUUGGUGGGGAACGAGAUCUAUUUUACAGCAGGGUAUAUUGAGUGAAAGAUUGAGUUUAGGAAGUGCAACUGAUUCGCCAGGAUGGGGCAUUCGAGGGGUAGUCCUUGAUGUCGGGAGACAUUAUUACCCACCCGAUUUCAUCAUCGAGAUGUGCUCGUAUCUUUCGUUCUUUAAGCAAAACACACUCCACCUCCAUCUCAGCGACAGCAUGAACCUUAACCCCGAUCUCACCUACCAGGAAAAGCUCGACUACUACUCCGCAUUCCGCCUGAACUCCGAUGACCCUGCUGUUGCAGGACUCAACAAGCGCGCCAACGAGUCCUAUUACCGUUCCGACUUCGAGAACAUGCAGCAAAAAUGCGCAAGCAGAGGCGUGACCAUCGUCCCAGAAAUAGAAGCCCCUGGUCACGCUCUAGUGAUCACCCAAUGGAAACCGCAGCUUGCACUCAGCACCGAUUUCACCAUGUUGAAUAUCUCUAACCCAGAGACUAUCCCAACAAUGAAGACGAUCUGGGAUACAUUCAUGCCAUGGUUCCACAGUAAGACCGUCCAUCUCGGCGCAGAUGAGUAUUCUAGUUCAGAAGUCGCCGAGUACAAUUUAUAUAUCAAUACGAUGCACGACUAUAUCCAUUCAAAAUACAACAAAAACGUCCGAAUCUGGGGGACAUUCCGUCCCGGCGCAGCAGCAGACGGCUCGGAGGUUAACACCGACGUCUCGAUCCAGCACUGGGAGUUCUUUGAAGACAAUCCGUACUUCGAUUACAUCCAGAACAACUACUCGGUACUCAACUCGGAUGACCAGUUCUACAUGGUAGGCAAAUGGUCAGGGUCGUACCCUCAGAGCUUGAAUAUCACGAGAAUUUUCCAUGGCGCGCCGGAUGGUGGUCCAACGGCUCCAUAUAUCUUCGAUAAGACCAACGCCACGAACAAUCCGCCUCGAGAUAGUCCGUAUGUGCUGGGACAAAUGCCGGCGCUCUGGAAUGAUAUGGGUCCAAACAGUACCUCGGUCAUUGAAGCGUAUUAUUCUCUUCGCGACGGUCUUCCUGCGCUGGGAGACAAGCAGUGGGGUGGUGAUCUAUUGAUGGAUGAGUACUAUUCCAUCUUCGAGAAAUUGCAUGCUGCGAUCCCAGGCCAGAAUCUGGAUCGGAAGAUUGCUUCUAAAAGUAAGACGAUCUUAUCGUACGAUUUCUCAAGCUCGAACUCCAAGACCGUAAAGGACAAGUCUGGAAAUGGAUACGAUGGUACAUUGAACAACAAAUGCAGCGCGAAGAGUUCAGUCUUGACGCUGAAGAGUGGAUGUGAGGUUUCCACACCAUUAACUUCCAAAGGGAAGAACUACACCCUCUCAUUCUCUAUCAAGCCCACUUCCUCAACACCAGGAACUCUCUUCUCAGGUUCAGCAUCAACGCUCAAAGCCGGGAACGGAAGUAUCGACAAUGUGAUGCUCAUCACUGGGGGUACUCCGUACAUCCUCAACUACACUCUCCCCGUGGGCACCUGGACAGAUGUGAAAGUGAUCGGUAUAAAUAACGCCACGUAUCUGGCUGUCACGCCGGAGGGGAGCAGGAAGGAGACUGUGCACGAGUUUACGAUUGUGAUUGGUAUUUACUCUAAUAGCUUUGUGUGGAAUCUGCCGAUGGCUAUUGAGGCACCGGUUGGUGCUAUUGGAGGUGAUGGGUUCGAGGGCUUGAUGAAGAAUGUCAAGUUGGUGGAUGGGGCUGAUGAGAUGUAUGCGGCAUUGGUGGCGCCUCUUGUAAUUGGUGUUGCACCUUACACAUGA